AUGUCGAACCAAACACAAACCCCUUUACCCCAGGUGGGGAAGCUUCUGAGCGUUGUCCCGGUCGGCCUCAAAGAAGCUGCACUCGACUCACCCACCUUCCGCGCCACCACCCUCUACUUCUCCGACCAGGUCGAUUUCCUGGAAAGAUGGCUCGACGGAUAUGCCAAGGCUGCAACAAAGCUUUCCUCCGAGCUGAGUGCCGUGGAGAGUAUUGUGAGCAACUUUCUCUCCUACUCGACACAUCCCCUCGUUGUGUCGGAAGCGGUUGUUGAUCAUGAUUACACACUUCUGGCUAUGAGGAGGUGUGGAGAGGGAUCCAGAGAUCUUUGGAGUGGACUAGUCACAACAACUAGGAAGUUGGAAUCAUUAAUUGCCGAACCUAUUCGAGAGUUCCUCCAAGAAGAUUUGCGGCAAUUCAAGGAAAUUCGUCGCAAUCUCGAACAAUCCCAGAAAUCGUACGAUUACCUCCAAGCUCGGUUUGCUUCUCAGUCGAAAUCCAAGGAAGCCUCGGCUCUGAGAGAAGAAGCGUUCCAGCUCCAUGAAGCCCACAAAGCAUACCUGAAAGCGUCUAUGGAUUAUUCAGUGCAGGCUCCCCAGAUAAGAAAUGCGCUUGAUCGACUUCUGGUCAAGAUCUCUUACGAUCAAUGGCGGGAAUUCCGGGGAUUCCACAAUCACAACGGUGGGACCUUCACGAAAUGGGCACAUGAAAUGGACCGUAUCAAAGGUUGGCUUCAUGAGAUGGAAGGGAGUGAAAAGUCCUCUAAACGAGAGCUUCUCUCUACCAGAAAGCAUAUUGAGGAAGCUGCGGAGUUUGCGGCUCGACCGUCUCGCGAAUUGGAAGACUAUAAUAUCUCCACUGUUCCGUACCUUGGCUCUCGUCCUAUCUCAACAAUUAACGUGAGUAAAGAGACACGGCCAGAGAAGCAAGGCUGGCUGUACUUGCGCACACUUUCAGGAAAGCCUACUCGUACUGUUUGGGUUAAAAGAUGGGCUUUCCUCAAGCAUGGCAUCUUCGGGUGUCUUGUGCAGGGCACGCGGACUGGCGGCGUUGAAGAGAGCGACCGAAUUGGUGUGCUGCUUUGCAGUAUUCGUCCUGCAUUCCAGGAAGAACGCCGGUUCUGUUUCCAAGUGAAAACCAAGAACAACACGAUUUUGCUGCAGGCAGAGAACCAAAAGGAGCUUAUGGGGUGGAUUAGUGCCUUUGAGGCUGCUAAACAGAAAGCAUUGGAAAAUCCCGCAAGUACUGAUCUUUCAGUUUCAGGGAAAGUUACAGUUCAGGAUCCAGCCUUCUCGAUUUCUCAGCCUCCGGCUCCUGAGUUUGCUGCAGACCCGGCGGACUCUCUUACCCCCCAUAUGAGCGAUGAGCCCGGCAACGGAGACCGUAGUAUGACACUGCCCGUCCCAGACCGUGAUGGGUACGCUAUGAGGAACAGUACCGAUAUUGGAAGCAGCAGCAGAAGACUCACAGGCUUGGAUGGUGAGGGCUCUGCAAGAGAACAUGCGAGAGAGCAUACUUCCAGACUUAUUCAGAAAUUGGAUCUUCACCGCAAGUCCAAUAACGCGGCUCCACUAUCUCCUUCCAUACCUGGCCCUGCAGGAGGAAUAGCCAGUCUCAUCUCCGCCAGUCACAACAUUCUCCCUUACAGCACCACUGUUCCAUUCAAUGUGAAUGACGAUAGUGGUAACCGAGGUCGCAGUUUGAGCAAUGUCGACGAGCCUGGUUCAAGCCUCGCACCUGCCACUCUUGCCAACCCCCCAGCACCGACAAGUAUGAGCAAGGCCGCAGUGGUUGUGAGCAAUGAAAGAGGUAUUGGCUUAGGCGUCUCAGAUAGCACUGGUGGAAUGCCUAGUGGUAUGAUGGCGAACCUGUGGGGUAGCUCUAACUGGGGCUGUAUGAACAAGUCUGAACCGGAUGAGUAUAGCGUCGAUGGUCAGCCGUCUUCCACUCUAAGUGACACUUCGACACGCACCAUUGCUGCACAGCCUGAUCAAACAGGUGCUUUGGGCUUACCCAAACAGCAAUCUGGUCCACGUCACAGGCAGACAGUGAGCCUUGACGGAGAUGAUGUUAAGCUCACGAAAAGCGCACUGGGCCUUGGACAUGAAUAUCCUAGCUACUACCCCCAACAAUUGAGGAUUCAAGAUGCUCAGUUCCGAUUGCUUUUCCCAGAUGUCAAAAGAUCGGAGGCAUUGGUACUAGUAUUCCGAGCCACCUGGAGUCCAAAUGACCAGCAAGAGUUCCCUGGCCGAGCCUAUGUCACAACAAGGAACAUCUAUUUCUACAGCCAUCAUUUCGGAUUGGUCCUGACCACUGGUGUCACCCUGGAGCAAAUCAAAGAAGUAACUGCGGCUUCUGGCCGGGACUGUGACUUCCUUUUCCUUCAUACUGUUCCGCCACUUGGCAGUGAUACGCCUGGUCGUGUCACGAUCAAGACUUUCCUCGAACCUCUCAAACUUCUCCAAAAACGCCUAAAUUUCUUGAUCCAAAGCUCAAUUGCGGUUGAGCAAUUGUCUUUGGAAUCUCUGAUUAAAGCAUUAAUAAAGAUGGACACGGGGUCUCCCGACCGUUCUUCCAGCGCAGAUAGCUGGGAAGAUCUCUCGUCUGGCCUUGCAGAGAUCAAAAAUGAUUCAGGGAACCCUACUGAUCCGGGCCGUGGAAAGGACAUUCGACUUCCCAUUUACGUUGACAAAGAUCUUGAGCUGGAUGGAGGCAAAACUGGCCGCGGUCGCGACAUUGCUAAAUUCAGACUCCCCACCCAACCUGUGGAGUAUGUGCCACAAGGUGAUCUUGUUCUAGUCACUGAAAAGGUCCUCGAUAUAAGUCCCAAAGCUUUGUUCCAUAUAUUGUUUGGGGACAAGAGCGCUGUCUGGCAGCUUCUGUUACACGAGAGACAAGCUCGAGACAUCAAACAAGGCCCAUGGGCUAGCACGGAAUCUAACCAUCUGAGGCGUGAUUUCCACUACAAUAUCGACACAACAGAUAUCCUUGGCCGCAGCCACGACAAUGCCAUCUCCGAUUAUCAGAUCAUCGAUGUUCUCAACGACCAUCUAUGCUACGUGAUCACCGAUAAAAAGACACCAUGGCAUCUUCCCUUCCGACGUUCCUUCCGGCUGGUCAGCAAGGUUGUUAUUACAUUCCAGGCCAAGUCGAAGAGCAAGCUAGCUGUUUACACGAAAGUCGAGUGGCUGUGGUCCCCGUAUGGCCUCAAGAAUGUGAUCGACAAAAGGGCAGGUGAAGAUUUGGAACAAGAUGCCUUGGAUCUUGUUGAUUUGGUGAGUGACCAAGUGCGCCGGUUGGGUGCACACAGUCGAACCAAAAAAGCCAUCACGAUCUUCGGCCACGUUGGACGCCAAAGCCAAGUCUCCCAGUUUAAUGGUGCUGGAUCUAACCUGAAGCUUGAAUCCCGCAAGCCCCGGAAACAGCGUGCUAUGCACGAGCUACUCCUUGAGACCUUCCUGUCAUUUAUGGAAACCAGCGUGUCUUUCCUGAUGCUGUGGGCUCUUGGUGUAGUUCGCUGGACUUGGAAGACCGUGAGUGUACACAAGGUGAUCCUAGUCAUGUUGACCACGAGUGCAAUCUUGAACGGAUACUAUUCCUCGCGAGAUAGUUGGGACUGGUGGCACGAGAGGCACGCAGGCAAUUUCAUGGCACGACUGGGUGUACAGCCAAACCUCGUCAUGACCAAAUCUAUUUACAUGCGGGAUGUUGAUGACGCAGUCGCAAAUUCCACAAUCUGGCCUGGUACUGGGAAUACUAGCGAUUGUUUUGCCACCUUCCACGAGCAAACCAUACGAUAUACCGAUAUGCCGCUGUCGGUCAGCACGUCAAGUCCUAGAGAUGCGUUGACCAAGAGCGCCAUCAAGCGUUUCCAGCAGACCCGUGAGCGCCUUGGCAUGUAUCGGCAUAAUCUUCUCGUCGCAAUGCGUGUCGUGAACAGCAUCGAGAAAGAAGUCAUCCAGACCGAAUGGGAGCGUUGGCUUCGCGAGGAGGUUCGGCGCUGUCGCCAGGUCGAGGUCCUUCUUGGCGGAGAGGCUUCACAGGGUGAUGACUCUCAGGCAAGCCCGACGGAUAAAGCUCAGCGUAUCUUCGCUGACCAUGCUGACAACGUCAAGCAGUGGUACGAAGAGUACUGCACGAGUUGCCGUAUGGAGCAAGAGCAAGUCAUGUUCAACGACAGUGGUGAUCUAAUUCCUUAA